UUUUUUUCGACGGAAUUGCACUGUUCCAAAUGAUUGACCGCCAGUCGCCAAUCUCUUAUGGCGAAUUAUCCAAAUUGGAUCGACCUAUCGCUCAUCGAGGCAUUCGAUCGCGACCUUUGAAUGCAGUAGCAGAUCUGACAGCGACAUUAGACGACACUAGUGGUACAACGAAAGAUACGUUGGAUACCUAUCUAAAGGACUUGGAGGAUCGGAAAAAAGGUUUGAAAGAAACCUGGAAUAGUAGUGUGUAUCGAACCACGCACUCUACAGAUGCACAAGGCAAUUCAAUAGCCAGUGCCUUUGACACCAAUUUUGUGUUUCCUGUGGCCACAAACACCAAAUCUAAACAGAAUAGCGUACCGCGACGACGCGUGGAAUCGAUCAAAGACAAGGAAACGGAUACUACAUCCAAGCGAUUUUCAACGCCAUUGUUGGAUAUGCCCACGCCAACUCGCUUCGAAGUGGCAGAUCUUGAAUCAGACAUAAAUGCUGCACCUUAUCAGAGAAUUCAGGAAUGGCGAUCCGACACUGCAAAGAACGAUAUAAACGAACCUGUUCGAUGGGAGCUGAAGCAUUGGCAUUUACUCGAAUACUGGUACGGUAUCCUUGACCACAAUGUGGAUGAAGCAGCUCAAGCCUUUUAUGAGCAGGAAUCAUUAAUCGGCAAAGCUGAGGGUGGUAGCGAAUCAAUAACCAGGCACAGGUGGCCACUGUAAUGUAUCAGGUUUUGACUUAUUACGAAA